AUGACGACACCCGAAAACAGUUCCAGUUUGAAGGGUCUUGAUGAGCAGAAAAAUCCUCAAAGUGAGGAUGUGUUACAGUCCCCCGGAUUUGCACCGUAUCGGCUGCGAUUAGCGCAGCCCACAGCAUCGCCUCAAACGGAGCAGAAUCUCGCAGGCUCACAUUCUUCGGCCAGGCGACAGCGAAAGCUACUGACUAGUUCAGCAACAAAGGCCGAUGCCAUUCAGUGUUUCGACAGAGGCUGCCAUGCCGAGUUUCACGAUGAGGAUGAGCUAAAGCGCCAUGUCCGAGAAGCGCAUCCAGAAAUGAAACACCAUUGUGAGAUGUGCUCAUGUAGUUUUAAACGUAAGCAACACCUGAAGCAGCACCUGAAUAUGCACAUGCCUACUCAUACGGAUGAGAAACCCUACAACUGUGGAGUCUGUGAUCAGUCUUUCGCGCGGGAUGAUGUACGAACUCGCCACAGAAAGAUUCACACUCGACAACAGAGUAUGCUGCAAACCAGUCCUACUGCUCUACAAGAUUCAGGCUUUCCAAUGCCGUCUGUUUCGCCUCAUGGUUUACCUUUCCUGGGCGCAAUGCCAGUAGAUGAUAUGGGGCUAGUCUUGAAUCCAAGUGAAGGCGGAGGAAUCUCUUCCUCGAUUGCUGCCCACCACCCCAAAAUCACACCCUUUAGUACAGUCCUCAGUACACCAGCAUUUGGAGCACACCCUUUCCAGGAUUCUGCCGCAUAUGCAGAAGAAGACGGCUCACUCUAG